AAGGCCGACCGACCGGUGGUCUCGGACGCCCCUCGCUUUCAGACCCAGCCGUCGCCGUCUCCCAAUUCCUCCGCAGGGCCCCCCUCCACUCCUCUGACCCUCUCCCCGUCUUCAGCCGCGUCCCGGCUGUCGGCGACCCGCCGACGUUCCCGUCGUCGCCGUCGCCAUGACUACCUCAAGACGUGUUGCUGAUAGGAAAAUUGCAGUAUUUGAGAAGAAUAUCACGAAGAGGGGUUCUGUUCCCGAGACAGUCAAGAAAGCAAAUGAUUAUCCUGUUGGACCUAUCGUGCUUGGAUUUUUUGUCUUUGUUGUUGUUGGGUCAUCUCUGUUCCAGAUCAUCAGGACAGCCUCAAACGCCGGUCUCUUCUGAGUAGAUUGGUGCUAUGCUUAUAGUGACCAUGAACAGGGCUGUCAUAUGCAGUUGGUUGUCGGUUUAAAAUUAGAACUGAAUGAGAUAGCUGGUACUCUUGUGAUGCUUGUUAUACCUCUUACCAUUGUACUUGGUGGAGUUUAAGUUAUAUGGAGGUCAUGCCAUUGGACUGCUAA